UCGCGCGUCAUUCACAGUGCGCGCGGCAUUUGGUGCGUAACCGUCGAUGCGUGGUAAGUGCGCGCUGAAUACGGCUACACGUUGUUGGAGUGGAAACGCGCGUGGGAUCAACAUGUGACGUUUUAUGGAUGUGAACAGUAACGAUGAUCGACGAGUUACCGAUCGAUUAGCCCAGUGGAUUCGAAACUUCAUCAAAGUAUUUAGAAUAUGCUGCCUUGCCUUUAUCCUCUCCACUGAGAGAUCACUUUCGGGGAAUAUGAGAUUAUCGUGAUAAACCAAAGAUGGAGAACCAAGGUUUCGAGGAGGAGUUUCAGCAGCCAAGAAGCGAAGAAACGCCGAUAUCUUCGCGAGAGUUUCGCCACGAUUCGCAUACGAUCUCGUUCGAUACGUCUGGAAACGAGCUAUUGCCCGAUGACCCGGUGUCGAACGCGGAUGGCCACGUGUACGAGGACAUUCUGCCCGGUGUAGAGAAUCCCUGGAAGCAUUCCGGAGUUAUGAGCGGCCAGGAUGAAGCUCUUCGGCGACCUUUGAACACGAUCGAAUACGUUUGCGAAAGCGCUACGACGAGAUCAUUGGAUAGAGAAGAGAUCGCUGGAACGUUCCGUCGUAAUUUAACGUUACCGUUUCGACGUGGCACCGGGUUGGAUUCUUCCCUUGGUAGCUGCUCCAUUCGUGGCACGAGUGGAAAGAGAAUCGACGAUCGCCGAGAGGAUACGGAAGUCGCGACGUGGAAUGCCGGUAUCGUCGCCUUCACCGAUGACGCUUUCUCGUCUCGAGCGCAGUCUGUCGCGCUCCAAUCCGAAUACAGACCCAGUAAAAAGCGCAGGAAGAAGGAUUGCAAGCAUUGUCGAAGCAAAGCUGCCGCGUCUAGCAAUGACCAACACCACCAAGUCGUUGACGAAGAGAGCGAAACGAUUCUGAGAAAAAACAGGAACAACGAGCAACAGCAGCGUCUGCAAAUAUCGGGUUCGAACGAUUCGCAAACUAUCCUCGAUCCACGCAAUUUCACCAUGCUACCUGUGUGCUGCCCGAACAGAGAGCCGGACGAGUUCGCGAUGCCGGCUACCAAUUCACCCUCGAUAUUCACGAUUUCUGAGAAAGUCGGCGGAUCCCCAGCGAGCACGGUGGAGCUGAUCAGAAACGAGCGAAGCGGUUGCGCAAAUCUCGUCAAUUUGGCGGAGAUCAACGAGGACAACGCUUUGAUCGGCUCGGGAAAGAACCGGCCGGGUAUGAGAGUGAAUUCCAUAUAUUCGCAGGAUCGUUGGUACGCCAAGGGGACGUCGAUGCUUUUCACUGACGCCAAGGAACACAGUUCGUUUCAGAGGGCCUACUCCCUCCCAGUGCGAACGCAAACCCCGUCUUCCCAAAAUCGCAUCAACCUGCGACGAAGUGUCAGAGGAGAACCACCCCCGCAUCCGGCCAGACUUCGAAAGCACAGACACGGCUGGACUCUGCAUCUGGCGCAUCCUCUCAAGGCUUCCGGGUGUACCAGACCCCUCGUUCUUCUGCUGAUCGCGUUGCUGCUACUUUUAGGAAUAGGUGCUGUUGCUCUGUACAUCGCGUUUGCAGAACCCGAGAAGCUGCAAAUCAUACAACAGUACCUGAAGUCGUCGACGAACGACUCGUCGUCGAACGACGACGUGUUAGUCGCGGGAACGUUUCUACGUCGAUCGAACAGCGAACAAGAACAGAACGACGCGUCGGCCGUGUCAUCGACAACACCGAUGCAGCCCUCGGCCACUAGCACCCUCGCUGCAAGUAUUCUUUUAAACGGUGGCUCGUCAUUUCCGGAGAGUCGCGCUCCGCCAGCGUCGGAAGCGGAAACGGAAGCUACGAGCCCGUCCAGCCUCAACUCUACCAGAUACUGCGACGACUGUCUGCCAGAGGAGGUUUGCGUUGCUCUCGUCGACGAAGAAGCACCGACUUGCAGGAUCCCUCUCGAUCCCAAAGAUCCAACCGGAUGUGCCGGUUUUUGUCUCAUCAACAAACAAAAGUGUCAUCGUCUCGAUGUCGACGCCUUUAGGUGCGUCGAGAUCGAGCAUUACUGUCUGGAUGACGAAUGGACCUGUCUAAACACGCUCUGCAUCCCUCUCGAGAAGCACUGCGACGGGCAUAUGAAUUGUUACGACCAUUCUGACGAGCACAAUUGCAACUGCGAUCUGAAGACGCAUUUUCAGUGCGGUAACGAGACUUCCUGCCUUCCACUGGAAAAGAGAUGCGACGGCAAGAUAGAUUGCUGGGACGCGGCCGACGAGAUUAAUUGCACCUUAGGUCUUAAUCUCGGUGGGUCGUGUCCAUCGGAAAACGAGUUCACGUGCAGCAACGGCCAGUGCAUAUUGAGAGCUCGCUUCUGCGAUAGCCUGCCAGACUGUCUCGAUGGAUCUGACGAACCUCACGGGUGCCAAGGACGGUGCAAUAAGCACGAAUUUACGUGCCAAAACAAUAGAUGCAUUACGAAGGGAAUGAAGUGCAACGGUGUGGACGAUUGCGGCGAUGGGUCCGACGAGAGGCACUGUAAGGAUCGAUUUUCUUAGCUUUACGUUUGCGUCUGUCGACUUUCUCUCAUCGCACUUACACGUCACGUUACAGUAUUUUUAUUACGAAUUAAUGUAAUUAAAUGUUGUACAUAACUGUGCUGUAUAGAUAUACAGUGGUACGGAAUAAACAAUUUAUAAAUAGAAUACUUAA